GGAAGGCAGCGAGGGGCCCGCGGGCCUGCAUUGGCUUGGCAGCACGUGCGGGCCACCUGCGAUCGGUUGGUGGGGCGUACUUGUUAUAAGAGGCCCUCGCACAACCCCCUGCCAGUCAGAGACCGGCUUGCAGCCGAAACGUUCACAGUAGAUUCCUGUUGCAUAUUCCCACUGUUUCCUUUACGCGAGUUCGAGAUCUAUUCGCGUUGACUGAUCAGUUAGUUGCAUACAGACGAGCGUACAGUGAAGAUUGAUUUUUAUUUCUCCUUGAAAGAAAGAUCAAAGUGCUGUUUCCGCAAGAGAAAGUAUUUGACUCCUUUAAACUUAUGUGAGAUAAUAGUGCAGUGACAUUGUCGUAUAAGGAUUAUUAUCGAGAGUUUGGCGAAGGUGUGAUUGUUGGAUUAGCGUUGUAAGUGAUCUAUAGAUGGAGAACUAAAAGAAGGAGGACGCUGUAAGUGCCUUCGCAAUGUCACGGUGUCAAUAAAUAAAAGAAGAAGAAAACUAAGAAAAGCGUAAGUGGCUUCGCAGCGUGCGAAUCUACGAGAAAAACAUUCCAAGUGCCUUGGCAAUAUCGCAGUAUCAAGAUGCUGAUUGACGAGAUGUCGCAGAACUUCGCGAAAAAGAACAGCAAUUACAAUUACAGCAAUUGCCCGUUGAAGAAACGGCCGAUUUAUUAUACGUCCGAAGAUGAAGAAGAAGCUCCUGAAGCUAUUAAAGAGGAGAUAAUUGACGUAGGAAUGGACGAUAUUCCCGAACCUGAAAACCUCAGUACAAAACCUGAGGAUCUCAGCAGAACUGCAGAUCGCAGUCAUAAUUAUCAUCAUCAACAACAACAACAACAACAACAACAACAACAACAGCAACAACAACAGCAACAACAACAGCAACAAGAGCAGCAGGAGCGCGCGUCCAGAACGCCGCCGUCGCCUAUGAAAACGCUGCCGUCUCCACCUUUGACGAUACAAUCGCCCUCGUCGACGACUCAUCAUCCGAUGCAUCAUGUCCAUCCGCUGCAUCAUUAUCACCAUCACUACCCGACCAAGACUAUCACGCCGCCGGCGGGGAUCGCGCCGAUCCACCCGGUGGCGAGGAAGGCGCGAGUCGAGGUGCUGCAGCACAAUGACGACUCCUCGGCAACGCCGACGGUGGCCGUGACAGCGCCGUCAGCGCCGUUGCAUUUUAUGGCCAGCAAGGCGCCCUUGGAACCGCUGAAUCUGAACACCCCGGUGGAACCAUUGGCUCAUUACGCCACUCCAGCGUGGGCUCGCGCGUCCCCGCUCUAUUCGCCGCAUUAUCUGCCGUAUCCUCCGCCCGCCUAUCAUCAUCGCUAUCCCGGAGCGGAGUUGUACUCGUCGUACCCGGUGCCGGUGUAUCCGCACUCCUCCCCGGAACAUCACUCGUCGGUUUCGCCACCGCCCCACGGCGCACUGACCUGCCCGACGAUUCAGCGACCGAUCGCCAGGAGCUAUUCGCACUGGGCCAGCCCGGAUCACUGCGGCCUGUCGCCCACAAGUUCCGUAGGCUCCGGCUCUCUGCGGUCUCCUCCCCCCGUCUCGCCGGAAGAUCUCUCGUCGCCCGGCAGCGAGAGCGGCAGAUCGUCCGCGGGUAGCACCUCUGCGGGAUCCACCAUCAUGAACGCGAAGAUGGAGAAGAGCCCGAACGCGGGCGCCAGCACGUCCUCAGGCGCGACAUCGUCCAAGUACUUGUGCGCGGACUGCAACAAAUCGUACUCGACUUAUUCCGGGCUGUCGAAGCACCAGCAGUUCCACUGCACGGCCGCCCAAGGCCAGGCGAGGAAGUCGUUCUCGUGCAAGUUCUGCCAGAAGGUGUACGUCAGUCUGGGCGCGCUGAAAAUGCACAUCCGGACGCACACGCUACCCUGCAAAUGCCCCACAUGCGGCAAGUCCUUCUCCAGGCCGUGGUUACUCCAGGGUCACAUCCGGACGCACACCGGCGAGAAGCCGUUCAGUUGUCAGCAUUGUAAUCGCGCGUUCGCCGACAGGAGUAACCUGAGGGCCCACCUGCAGACUCACAGCGACGUGAAAAAGUAUUCCUGCGACAGGUGCAGCAAGACGUUCAGCAGGAUGUCGUUGCUUACAAAGCAUCAAGAGGGCGGCUGCCCGGGCGUGUCGGUGACAGUCGCCUAUCCUUGUUGAAGUUUCGCGUUUGUGUGAUCGCGGGCGAACGUACGUCUCUGGUUUUUAUUCCGCGGUUUCCAAGUGCCUUAGAAUGCAGUACAAACGAGAGUGAAGUCCGGUAUCUUAGUGAACCGCUUGCGGAGUAUUAGCUCCUCGAUUAAUCGUUUCGCUGUCAAACUAUAUUCUUUUACGAAAGUAGACUUCAAACUAAAGUUUUCACGAAUAAAAAUAUUUUGCAAAAUUAAAGUUUUUCUAUUUCAGGCAAAAAUAUAUUUUGUUCGAUUAAUUAAUACCAGAAAAAAUUGAUUACAGAAAACUAUAGCGAAAGGUUUAACAAAUCUAUGAUAGAAUCAUAUUAAACGCGCGUCACUAAGAAAUUGUCGAUUGGGUGUUUCGAAAAGUUUCGUGAGAGUUGAUUGAUUUCGUUUGUUUAUUAUCCUUCGGUGUAAAUACUGAUAUACGAGAGAAACGACAUAUAGCGAGUCAUAAAUACUUUCAAAAUCUUUCCAGUUGUUGAUUUUAAAUCUUGAUUAAUACGUAUUUUAAUCAAAUAAAAAAAGUUUAUUUUAAUUCUUCGAAAAUUUUAUUCAUAUUUGUAAUAUAUUCCACUUGGUAUGAUCCACAAUAUGUAUAGAUAAUGAAAAUAUUUAUUAUAUAUUUUAUCGAUAAAAGAUGCAGUAAUUUGUUUAAAAACAAUAUCAUUUGUGUUUGAAGUCAGCAAUUGAGGUAUGAAUAAUUUUGUGACUCAUUGUAUGAGCGUGCUGACGAUAAUAGUACUUAGAGAUGAUUUCGUCCUUCCGAGAGAUCGGUCACGUCGCUCCGAGAAUAUCGGACGUGGAGAAUAUCGGAAAUAAAGAGCCGCUCGAUUACCGCGUGAUGCGGUCCCGUGAAACUAUUGUGCCAUUCCUUUUUCAUUUCACGCCAUUUCUUUUUUUUAUUUGUUCCAUUGCACUCGAGCACACAAAACAACAAUCAAGAUGAUGAAAAUUAGGACGAUUGCACGUUUUCCUUUUUUUUUUCCUGAGUUUCGUUUCUUUUUUUUGGCGUGCGAGCGCAUUCGAGCAUCAUUGAUCAUCGCGAUUCGAUAAUCAAUGGCACUUAUUUAUCGCUGCGCCGAUUUGCUGGAUGCGUGUUUGAAACAACAAAGUACAAUUAAAUAAUAUAUAUUUUUGAUAAGAACAUGUAUUUCGAAAAUAGUAAUUGGCUGAAUUUAGAAGAUAAAAAAAUCAAGAAAAAUUGUCACGCUGCGAUGCACCAAUGCCAUUCGCGAAGACGCUAUGUUAUCGUCACCUACGCGCGCUCGCACGCAUUAAUAUGCGGACUGUACAUAGUUUACGCUUAAGGUUUAGCGAGUAAAACACGCACAAUACAAGUUUUGUAACUUGUUUGCAUCAGACACGGAGCUGAAGCGACAAGAGGAAAUGAAAAUAUUUAACUCAUUGAAUGAGAAGAAAAGAUCUUGGCUCCGCAUUAUCGUUUUCUGUACGUUGCGUUUUGCAAACUACUGUAAGUUUCUCGAACAAACUAGUCAUUGUAUUAUACGCAGAGGAACAAAAGACUCGCUAAGAUUAUUAUCGAAAAAGAUUAUAAGAGGAGGAAGGUAGAUUUUAUAAACAAGUCGUCGCUGCGUACUUUUACUUUUUAUCGUGCGUGUAAUUUGCAGCGCGGCUCAGGCGAGUACCACUAUUUCUAGUUUUGUAAAGAAAGUAAAUUACUACAAAAUACAGAUAUCGCUUAUAUAUAGAGAUAUUUUAUACGAAAUAAAUUACGUGGAUUUUAAAAUAUAUGUCAGACAUAUUAAU